AUGGGUGCAUUUAUUUCCGACAUCCACCGUAGCUCCCUCCCUCACACACAAGCCAAAGUUCGGUCUUUCUGCUGCAAAGCAACCAGUGGCAUUGAGGAAGUGUACGACUUGGACUCCAAGGCCGAUGACGCAGAAGCAGUGCAAAGCAUCGUGGACUAUUAUACUUUGCUUGCUCUCAAAGAGUUCGAUGGAAACGACCUUCCCAUCACCCCAAAGGGACGAAAGGGGAAAGCGACACCAAGCGACGACCCGAUUCGAUUGCUUGACGACAUCCUUAAUUCUCUCUGGUCGGAUUGGGAAGAAGGGUCCUUGAUGGAUGAUUUCGCUUCUCUGGAUGUUCCAUGCCGAAACACAGAACCAAAGCAUGCACAAGCAGCCCUCAAAACUCCCAUUAGCUCAGGGAAUCUAACACCCAAAUGGUUAGAAAACCAUAUCCUUCUUGCCUGGGAUAGAAUGAAGGAAAAGCAGCGUCGAGAAGAUACGCGUCAAGCUCAACGUCGAAAAAGAGGAGUAUCGACCGAAGAGGUAAAGACAAAACGUGCUACUGAUGCAAAGGGCUUAAAAAGCAAGAGGGUAGCCUAG